AUGGCGGUCGUUGCUUCGCAGUCUUUGAGGCUUCGCACAGCAAGAGUCUCAAGUCCCGUCUGCACAUUACUUGAGCCGACUUCACACGCAACGGGAUCGUUCCAGCCAAGCCAAACUCCCCAUGCUGCAUGUGUACCGCCUUGCUCACAGGAAGAUGACCACAGUAAUCAGCGAACGCGGAAUCAGUUUCGACCACGAAAUGCUACCAAAGGCACAACAAGCUACCAACUACGGCAAUACGCAGAGGCCACCCUUGGUGGUGGUAGUCUUCGGAAGAUUGUGAGACUUCCAGAAGGAGAGGAUGAGAAUGAGUGGCUCGCUGUAAAUAUGGUAGACUUCUACAACCACAUCAAUCUGCUCUAUGGAUCGAUCACCGAGUUUUGCUCCCCCCAAUCGUGUCCCGAGAUGAAGGCCACAGAUGAGUUUGAAUAUCUCUGGCAGGACUCCGAGAACUACAAACGGCCUACAAAAAUGCCGGCACCAACAUAUAUCGAACACCUGAUGGGCUGGGUUCAGAGUAACAUUGACAACGAAUCAGUCUUCCCCAGCAGAAUUGGCGUCCCGUUCCCAAAGUCCUUCCCGAGCAUGAUUCGACAGGUCUUCAAGCGCAUGUACCGUGUCUAUGCCCACAUUUACUGUCAUCAUUAUCCCGUUAUUCGAGAACUCGGGCUUGAGGCUCAUCUCAAUACCAGCUUUAAACAUUAUGUUCUCUUCAUAGAUGAGCACAACCUCGCCAGUGGAAAGGACUUCUGGGGCCCGCUAGGAGAUCUCGUUGACAGUAUGCUCAGGAGCGAUUGA